AUGAAUAAAGAAACAACCACAGUAACUACAGAUGAUAUAGAAAAUGACUUUAAAAAGAAAGUUGUUAUAGAAGAAGAAGAGGAGGAAAAAGAUAAACAAGAUGAUAAACAACCUAGAGAAUCAUGUAAAUGUGAUGAUGAUAGUAGUACACACAACAAAGAUGAUGCUAGCAACACAGUAAAUAACAACAAGUCACAAUCUACCUCUAAUUGUUCAAAAUGUAAUCGUAGUAAAUUGGUUCCUAGAAAGAUACCAAUGUACGGACCAUACACUGUACGUGGUCUACAAAAAGAUGUUACCUAUCAUUAUUGUACUUGUGGUUUAACCAAAGACCGCCAACCAUUCUGUGAUCAGCUGUCUUCAGCUGUUACAGAGGUUGCAGUGGUUUGGGAUGGUAUGCUGGAUCGUGUGUGCACCGACGUUCACACUAUCGCUUUCAACAGCGAUCCAUUUGUAUACUUCGAAGCAAUUCUUGUUGAUGUACAAAGCUUUCAAAAUGAUUCUAAACUUUUUCAACAGACUGAGCGAGAGAGAGAAACCGAAAAAAAAAAAGAAAAUUAA